UCUUAUUCCUUCUAUCUUACCCUUUCAACUUUGCCGUUUCCGACUUUCAAGUCCAAAUGUUCUCUCUUCUUCAUUACCAUUCAUAGCCGCAUUAACACCAAUUUGAAUACGUCUAUCUUUUCCUACUCAUAUUAGACAGAUUACAAUUAGGAUAUCAGAAUCCGAAUAUAUUUUCCCACUUUUUCCGGUUCUUUUCUGGCCAAUGCAAUGUGCUAACUAGUAAAUUUUCAUAAGGAAUUAUCAAACAAGGAAUAAGAAGAUAUUGUUAUUUCUUCAUUUAAAAAUCUCUGAUUUAAUCAUACUACCCCUGCCUUGCGGAUUUCAAUUUAAUGCAGGGGUAAGGGAGGACUCCGAGAUAUAUACAAGAAACUUUGUAAAUAUCAAGGGAAGAUUCGUUCUGGACAUUCGCAACAUGGGUUCGUACCAAUUGAUCAAAGAAACUAUUAAUCCAGAAGCAUUGAAUCUGCAAGGAAACAAGUGUACUCUGCGCAUUGAGGCUAGAGAACGUGGUGAUGAUGUUGAAUCGGCUUUAUCAAAACUUGAUUCCUCGUCUUCUCCUAGUUUUUGUCGCAAUGCCGCCUCCAGAUGUAUGGCAUCUGCUUCUGGAACUACUCGCCUUGUCUCCCUUGAUGUAUUCCGGGGGCUUACUGUUGUGUUGAUGAUACUUGUCGAUAAUGCUGGUGGAAUCUUUCCAGCUAUCAAUCAUUCACCAUGGAAUGGUUUAACAUUGGCAGAUUUUGUGAUGCCAUUUUUCCUUUUUAUGGUUGGCGUAUCUCUUGGACUUGCAUAUAAGAACUUGACUUGCAGAGGUGCUGCAUCAAAAAAAGCAAUGUUCCGAGCGCUAAAGCUUUUAACGCUGGGUGUUUUUCUCCAAGGUGGCUAUUUUCAUGGUAUUAAUAACCUAACUUAUGGUGUGGACAUGUACCAAAUUAGAUGGAUGGGUAUAUUGCAGAGAAUUGCAAUAGCAUAUUUUCUGGCAGCAGCAUGUGAAAUUUGGCUUAGAAGCAAUGAGAAAGUUAAUUCAGAAUUAUCUAUGCUAAAGAAAUAUCAAAAACAGUGGGUUGUGGUCUUAAUGCUUACUGCCUUGUAUCUUCUGUUGCUAUAUGGUUUGUAUGUUCCUGACUGGGAGUAUCAGGUUCCAAUUGAUGCAUCAUCUUCUGGGAAAAUUUACACGGUGAAAUGUGGUGUGCGGGGAGACACUGGACCAGCAUGUAAUGCUGUUGGUAUGAUUGAUCGCAAUAUUUUGGGUAUUCAUCACUUGUAUGGAAGGCCAAUCUAUGCACGCACAGAACAAUGUAGUAUCAACUCCCCAGAUUAUGGUCCACUUCCUUCUGAUGCUCCCUCGUGGUGCCAAGCCCCUUUUGACCCUGAAGGGCUUUUAAGUACAGUGAUGGCUACUGUUUCUUGCUUGAUUGGUUUGCAAUACGGGCACAUUAUUGUCCAUUUCAAGGAUCACAAAACUAGACUAUUGCAGUGGCUUGUUCCAUCAUGUUGUCUUGUAGCCGUGGCUGUGAUAUGUGCCAUCUGUGGGAUGCAUAUAAACAAGGUUCUAUACUCUUUCAGUUACAUGUGCUUUACAACUGGCGCUGCUGGAAUUCUCUUGGCUGCAAUUUAUGUACUGGUUGAUGUCUAUGAAUAUGGACGCUUUACUUCGGUGCUGGAGUGGAUGGGAAAGCACGCUUUAAUGAUAUUUAUUCUCGUAGCAUGCAAUAUUGUACCGCUUAUUCUGCAGGGAUUUUAUUGGAGUCAACCUCAUAAUAACAUGUUAACUUCAAUUGGAAUUGGGUCACAGGGGUAGCAGAGCAGCUGUUUACAUCUAUUCCAAGUCCAGUGCAGUAUUUAAGAUUGGUGAGGGUUAGCCAGUGACUUAGAUUUUGGUCCCUCCGCUGACUCAAAUGUCCAUGCGUGCCUGCAUAGCAUAUGGUUGAUGCAUCAACAUAGAAAGAGUCAGAAUGGUAGGAAAAGUAAUAGAAUUAGCAAUAUUUUGCACUCGUCUCAAAAGGUUUGUUCCGUCUUACGAGAUAUCCUCAGCUAAAGGAUUUUAAUUAUUUUGCUUAGUAACUCGGAUGCUACUCUGACACUAGUUUCUAUUGUGAAUUACAUGGUCCUCUUACACGAAAGCUUGUGUUACUUGUGUGCACUUAGAUUCCUUGAAGAAAGUUCUAUACUGAUCGACCAAAGUUGGCGUAAAUUGUAAGAGUGAGAAUUGUUAUUUGGUUGCCUACAUUUGUAACUUCCUACUGUAACAUGGAAAGUUUAAAUUCGAAUGGAUUCAAUCGAACAUAA